AAUUGUGUCGUUGUGGUAUGCGAAAACUUUUUAUUUUUUCUGGUUUUCCAACAAAACAAAAAAAAAAUUGUUGUUGCUGAUGAUAAUAACGGCUAUGGAAAUGAAAUGUUUGACCAUAUUAUCAAUAUGGUGGUCAUUACAAAUGAUCAUAAUCAUCGAAUCAAUAAAUUUUGGCCACAAUAACCAUAAUAAUCGUGAAUUACAAUCAAAUAUUGAUCAUAUAACAAAAAAAUUAUGGGAUUAUCGUGGUCCAACCGGUGAACAAUAUUGGGAUAAACAAUAUAAAUAUUGUAAAGGACAUUAUCAAUCACCGAUAAAUAUUGAAAUGGAUCGUAUUGUUUAUGUACCAAAUUUACAAUUAUCAUUCAUCAAUUAUGAUCAUUAUCUUUUUUCCAUGCGUAUGGCUAAUAAUGGCCAUGGUGUAAAAUUACAUCAACCACCUGAUAUGAAUGAUGAUCAUGAUGAUAGACUUGGCUGUUUUGUUACCGGUACGGCAUUGAAUAAUGACAUUUAUCGUUUUGUACAAUUUCAUUUUCAUUGGCGUAAUUCACAUUCAAGUGGUUCAGAACAUGCAAUCAAUGGCAAUAAAUUUACAAUGGAGGUUUGUCUGUUUUGUUUGUUCGUUCCAAUUUUUUUCCAAAUUCAAAACAAAUUCAUGUUUAUCAAUCAAAAAGAAACUGAUCGUCAUAAUAAAUAUUUGGAUCCAAUAAUUCAUCAUUUGGAUAAAAUUAUCAAUGUUGACAGUGAAUAUCCAUUGGAACAGCCGCUGCGAUUAAGUGAUCUAUUACCGGAUGAUAAACAAACGGAUUUUCUUCGUUAUUAUGGUUCAUACACAACACCGGAUUGUCAAGAGAUUGUUACAUGGAUCAUUUAUCCAAAACCAUUAGAUAUUACAUCGGAACAGAUGAAUAAAUUUCGUGAAUUAUUAUUCAAUUCCACACAUAAUCAUCAUCACAAUCAUCAUCAUAAUCGAAUUGGGUUCAAGAAAAAUCUAUGCACCAAUGCAAUCGAAUGGAAAUGA